AUGCCGCGUCUCGUGCGAAAGAAGCCGCUCUCGGAGCGUCUGAAGGCCCUGCUCAACCCCAUGGACUUCUUGCUCUGGCUGUCGGAAGAACUUGAGACAAGAGACUGGGAUUCAAAGGCACUCGGCACACAACUUGGACUCGGCUUCAACUUCGCCUUCCUUCUUGCCAGGGCUAACUGCGUGGCGACGGAGGCUGAGGAUGAUGUGUUCAGCGAUGGAAGUUCCGGCAACAUCAUUACAUUUGUCGUGCGACCGCUUGUCUGGAUUCUCGGCGUCCUCUCCUUUGCCAACGCUUUCUACGCCAUGACGCGGACGAGACAAUACCGAUUGUUCCAGGUCAACGUCGAAGACAAACCGCACACCCCUUCCGCCCAAAGAGUCAAGGCCAGGUCCGACCCGGCUGCUUCAUCCCCUCUCCGAUUGCUGAACAGUAUUCUGGUACCCGAGACCGCCGAAUCGCGAGCCCACCCCGACAGGACACACGAUGUGUGGGAGUUGAGUGUUUGGGACCCUCUCCCGGUUUCUCUGCAACUCUUCUGUCUGUUCAGCCCCGGCCACGUUCUCGUAUACAUGAUGUUCCUCCCGCUGUGCUCCCCUGAAGAAGCGAAGGAUGAAGAGUCCUUUGUUGAGCUGGGUACCCCUACCACCGUCAUCAAGAAGGAGUUCGUCGUCACGCCCAACCCGCACGUGAAGCAGGAGGAGCCAGUCCAUACCCCUCCAAUCAGCAGCUUCGCUUCUCGCCUCUUCACGCCGACCUCGAACCGGAGAUCCGAAUCUUUCACCCCCGUACCCAGCUCUCGACCAGUCCGCCAAAGUCUUCCUCCCGCCCCAGCGUACCAAUCUGCUGCAACUUCCACGAGCAAUGCCGCGGCGAAUGCGGGAUCGACAAACUUUGGCGGCAGCCUUGGUGUGUUCAGCCACGCGAACUCGCCGCUCAAGAAGACGAGCAGCCUCAACGAGAUGAACCAAGGCUUCAUGUCCCCUCGCAACUCGAGAGAAAUGGCCGCCCUUGAACAGCGCCGUGGUGGCAGUCCGCUCAAGCAAUCGGAGACUAGGAGAUCAACCGGUUCGGACGCGCUGGAUAUCACGAGUGCUCCUAACUACAAUCCCUUUGCCAGUGCGAAGAGGAACAGAGUUGUACAACAGCAGGAACGUUACCCUUCAAGAUGGUCGGGGUUUCACUAA